AUGUCGAAGAUUGAAGAGAUAGACCCGCGUGAUAUUGACUAUCAUAGAUGGUCAAGAGUACAUGCAACGGUGAAUAGAACUUGGACUAUGACAUCAAACAUUGUAGAGUCGUUGAAUGCUGUAACAAAAGAUGCAAGAGAGCUGCCAAUAUUUGACCUAUUAGAGUAUAUGAGGACACUUCUUGAACGUUGGACGAACGAGAAGUUAUUGAAGGCAAAUGGUACUUUCACAUUCCUUGGGUCCAAAUUCAACAAAGAAUUGGAGAACAACAGAACAUUAUCUCAUAAACUUAGGGUGAGUGCUUCAACAGAUCAUAUCCAUACUGUGAUAGAUGGUGUGAAGCGGUAUAUUGUGUGUCUUGAAAGCAAGAAAUGUAGCUGUGGCCAGUUCCAACUUGAAGAACUUCCAUGUGUGCAUGCUUUGGCAGCUUUAAGGAACGGGAAUGAAACUUAUGAAAACUAUUGCUCUCCGUAUUACACAAAGAAGAGCCUACUGCGUACAUGUGAAAUACCAGUAAAUCCCCUUCCUGAUGAAAGUAAAUGA